AUGACUGGCAGCAACACCACUUCUACCGCAUCCGUCACUUCAGAGAACGAGGAAGUAACCACUUUUCCCGUCUUUGAACUAUCAUUGGAUGCCAGCUCGGACAUUGCUGGUCUGGCCAUUGCCGUUUCUUCCUUGAGUGAUGCCGUGGAAGAGGUGAGGGUAGACAUAUAUAACAGUUUCACAAUUCGAUGGAACGAAGAAGGUGUGCCAGAGCUCUUUGAAGCAUUGGGCAGAGUCCCUCAGUUGCGAAAGGUAGAAUUCUAUGGUUUGAGGAUUUUCCCCUACCGAAUGCCAAUUGUCAUGGCUGAGCGAACGCUGGCUACUGCCACUCGUUUGGAAGAAUUCUCCCUUGUGGGUAUUAACCUAUGUGAAGAGGAAGCAGAUCCCAAUGGCAAUGUAUUUUCUCGGUUUUCUGAAACCCUCCGGCACCAUCCCACGCUCAAGACAUUUGCAUUGGAUAACUGUCGGUUGAGAGAUGAAGAGACUGGCCCUACCCUGGAUGAAGCCAUUGUCGAACCUCUGGUGCAGAUUCCAUCACUGGAAAAAGUGAGCCUGGAACUCUUUGUCUUUUCCAAGUGUGGAAGUGCCUUUCUCUUUGAAAUGGCAAAAGCUCUCAUUCAAGCCAACAACCAAUCACAGCUGGAAGACUUAUCCAUAUCAGGCUGUUUGGGUGGCAUGAAGGGCGCCAAAACGAUUUCGGAAAUGAUUCGAGUCAACACAAGCCUCAAAUCUUUGGAACUGCACCUUCGCAGUCGAACCGAAGAUGACGAUGAAGAGGGUAUCCGAGAGUUGUCCAAGGCGUUGGGACGCAACAAAACUCUUGCCAAGUUCCAGCUGCAUGGAGCCACCAACCGUACAGGGAGCCUGGAAACGCGCAAUAUCUUUUUGCAAAUGUUGGAGAGCAACUACGCGCUCAAGUCUGGAGUUCAAGUCUUUCACCCGGGAUUUUUGCGACCAGAGAAUGAACUCUAUUUGCGUCUGAACCAAGUAGGGAGAGGACGGUUACUACUAAAUGGUCUGGCAAAGAGAGAAUGGGUCGACACCCUGAUAAAGGUUCGACAAGACCUGGAUUGUCUCUUCUACUUUCUCAGUACCAAUCCUUCCCUUUGCAAUACUGUGGGUGAUGCUUUUGUCGAAGAGAUAUCCACUCCAAAGACACCAAUGGAAGGCGUCAUUCCAAGUGAAACGACAAACGGCACCACAGUUGCCACCACCUCUACAAUCCAAGUUAGUGGUUGCAAAGAACCAGCGUUGGACUGUGUGAAUCGGAAACGCAAGCGAAGCAUCAGCUGA